GGGGGUCCGGUCAGAGAAAGGAAGCUCUAAAAUUUCGCAAGGAUCCCGGUGACUAGAGAGUGGGUGAAGUUUUAAAAGGCGCAAAGUAGGUUUUGUCAACACGUACAGAAAACAAUAUUUAACAAAGUUUCUUUACGAAGCAGCAUUUUUUUUUCUUCAAAAGCAAAGACGAGGGGUUUAGUGGGGACCCAUGUAACUGGCGCUAUAACUGUCUCCCAGUUCUGAGAGAGAGAGAGAGGACACGUCGCUGGCUCGUGUCCUCUCAAAAGCCAGAUGUUGCUCUGUUCAAGGCGCCUGCCAAAGGACUGUCAUCUAAGCUUUCCAUAUUCUCCCUGAUUUGACGACUGAGCAGACACACUUGUUGGAAACUGAGAGAGACGUGGAAACCAGAGCGAAAAAAAAGCUCAACUCAAAUUACACCUUACGGCGGGGUUGCAGAGGAAUCAUUGGUCGGAGAUGGGAGCGGAGACUUGACGGGGAUGUUCCGCUGGGGGUCCCACAAUGGGGAAAGAAAAAGUCUAUGUUUCCAAAAGAGUGGCUGCUUCUGCCCGGCGAGUUGAUUUGAAGAUGUUGACUCUGCGAGUAUUCUACGCCAGUCUGCUGUGUUCCCUAACUCAGGGCUACUUCACAGGGCCCUUGCACCCGGAGAUGUCCAAUGGCACUUUUCACCAUUACUUCGUGCCGGACGGUGACUACGAAGAGAACGACGACCCCGAAAAGUGCCAGAUGCUUUUCCGCGUCUCGGACGAGCGACGUUGCGGGAUGGAAGCCGACCUGCAGACCUUCCUAAAGCAGGAGAUGCUCACCAUCCAGCGGCAAGUGGAGGACGCGGCCAGGGUGCUGGACGGAGUCGGCAGAAGCAUCGCCCAUGACCUGGACGGCGAGGACAGCUACGGCAAUUACCUGCGCCGGGAGACCAGCCAGAUCGGGGAGGCGUUCUCGCACUCGGACCGCUCUCUGGUCGAGCUGGAGCUGAAGUUCCGCCAGAGCCAAGAAAGCGAGCUGGGGGAAGUGAACAAGAUCAACGACGAGGUGCUGCACAUGUUGUACCACACCAGGCAGAUCCUGAGGGAGACGCUGGAGAUCUCGUCGGGUUUGAGCGAUAAGCACGAACUCCUUACCCUGAUCGUCAGAAGUCACGGUACAAGGCUCAGCAGACUGAAGAACGAUUUCAUGAAGAGCUGAGAUCUGACUGAGCCACGCUGGGCCGACGUCCCCAUGUCUCUGUCACCCUCCUGACCCCGAGCAUAAUAACAUGCAAUUUACUUCUGCAGCAUAUUUAUUCAAUUCGAUUGGUGUAAUGUGAGAUUUGGGCAACGUGUGUCCAUAGCGUCCCCCCACUGCUCACUUUCUAUUGAAUAUAAACUAACAUUGCUUUCUGACAUCGAUAACCGUGACCCAGCUUUCUAAUCAAAGGCAGGAUUUUGCCUCCUUGUUACCCUGUAGAUUUUACAAUUUGUCAACCGUUCACUGUUGUACAUGUUCUCGGUUCUUUAAAUAUAUACUGAUCUCUUUCGCCUCAAAUACAGCAGGCAGGUACAAAAUAUUUUAAUACGAGACAAAGAGAGAGAGAGUGUGAAAAUUUCGCCGUGAUGGAAGAACCCAGCGCUCGGGGUUGAGGGUUGUGGGCGUUAAGUCAGCCGGUGUAGAUGUCUAUUGUUUGAAGUGUGUAUAAAUGGGCUUUUUUUGCAGUCUGGAACCUUAAUUCAAUUGGCCGUGAGGAAGGGAGGGAGAAAGUCUAAAACGGACGAACAAAUCGAAACAAAACACCCGGGCGCUGAGUCUGAGUAACAGCUCUCUUUUACUUCCCACCGUUGGAACACACGGGUCAUAUCCAGCAACUACAUGCCCCAUCGCUCGAUUACAGCAAACUGACAGCUUUUUGAUUGAUGAGUUCCCUUUAAAGUCUGGAUUUGGCACCAGUUUCCGUCCAAGUGGUUAAAAAAAUGCCCCGAUUCCAGUUAAUAAGUUUACUUUCUGAAUGUGUCUUGUGGUUUGCUGUUUUGAAGUGAGCUACAGGAAUUAUUUUUAUAAAGCUUACUUUUUUUCUCUCUCUCGCCCGGACGCCGUGUUAAACCUGCAGCUGCCGAAUAAGCGUUUGAAAGCGUGUAUUGUCUGGAGUAGUUGCGAAGGCGGAAUUGAGCAGUAACGUACUGGAAGCGGAGAUAUUGACACGCUGUGGCUGGCGCAGUGAUUGAGCCCUCCUCCGGGGUGACCCAGACUGUGGGGGUCUGUGGCGCUGGUGGGGGUUGGGGGUCGGUGGUGUGGUGAGGAUCGGCACAACAUGGAGGGAAUUUGCCAAGCCUUCAGUAACCAUUCUACGGACAAUCCAAAAAAAAACACCCUUACAAUUUAACGAUUUAAUCCUGAAUUAGAGCGGAAAUAACGUUUCUUUGGCGCAACAAUUUGGGUUUUAUUUGACGAUUAGCUCACGAUGCCCCUUCUGAUUUGCCCUUAUCUGGAUCUAUUCUUCUUCCACAGCAGUAUAGCUCGGGUUCUUUUUCUUUAAAACGCAGUCUAGGUGUAAAAAUGGAGGCUAAACCAUAAAUUCUGAGGAAGUGUCAGCGAACUCAAAACGUUAACUCUGAUUUCUCUUCACAGAUACUGCUGGACCUGAUGAGCUUUUCCAGCAAUCUGUGUUGCUAAACCAUAAAUUCAGCUUGGAGUUGUUAAGAUGGGUUUUAAUUAAAAGUCUUCCCUGUAGGCUGACUAUUUAGUGUGGCAUUUGUAGCAGAGCUAGCGUUUUAUGACAUCUUUAAAGAUGGUCAAGGUUUUUCACCAGAAGACUCCCAAAGACUGCAGUUAACGCGGUUUUUGCUUUGCCUUCGUGUGACAUGUUUUCGGCGCACAUCAACCCACACACACGCGCGCACGAAGUGCCGGAUCAUUUAGGAGUCUGGUUUUAAUCUGCUUCUUCCACACAACGAAGCCACAUGACAGCGAGAGGCUUCUCUCACGUGGCUUGGGCUUCUUACCAAGUGGAAACUACUUUGGUGGAUGCUGCUUUAGAAGGUGCUCAUGAAUUAUUUCACCGUUAUAAAGGGGCAGACACCAGCUUUCAUAUCCUUCUAACAUUAAUAAAUGGCGGCUAUCUGUGUUCAGGCAGUUCAUCCCUUUCAGCCGGUAGGGUACAAAUUGGAGGACGCCGUACCUAUUCAGAUGUUAGCGACUGUGUAACAGUGUUUUUAAAGCGACCAGACUGCGUUAUUAGUGAUAAUGGGAACUGCAGAUGAUGGAGAAUC